AUGGUGGAACUUACAGUGUACGAAGGUCAUGAUGUUUUUCUCCAGAACGCCGUGCGGUUGCACAUUCCUUGCAAGGUUGAUACGAUUGAAGGACUUCUGUCACUAGUUGGUAGGGCAGUAGCAUCCUCCCCUGGAGGCCCUUCAGCGGCAAGGAGGUAUCGUUUUGUUUACUCGUUAGAUGGCUCGCCUUUGAGGAGCGUCGAUGAAUGCCUUGAGGUGGGAACGGUGAUCGUAAGCUGCACGCCUGGGUUUCAAAAACGCAAACAUCAUGUCGAGUCACCGUCCAACCCGGUACUUGACUUGCUCAACAGGAAAGGGUAUGAAACAUAUAGUGCUGCGGAGAGCCGAGGCUUGUCCGCCACUCCUCCAUCCCACGACGGUUUCGUGCCGAUUUCUUUCCAACAACAUUCAGUUUCUCGCGCAUCCCCAAAAUAUGUUUUCUGCGAUAGUAAUCCUGGGCCUAUUCCCAAUUUUUCGUCAAUUGGGGGAGCUUCCGUGGAAUGGGGUGGAGUGUCCUGCCGUGUUGGGGAUGAGAGGAUUGUUCUUCCACCAACACCCAGUUUUGACGUACCGUUUCCCGACAUGAAUUUAGACAUAUCGCACGCUGAACGCGUCGCUGCUGUGAAAACGCUGAUAACACUGAAACUGUGCGGGCGUUCCUUCUUGAAUGACGAACUUCUUUUCGAAAAAGAGCUUGAGGAGGUAUUUCGACCUAUUGUUGCAGAACAGGCCUCGUGUCCAUCGUGGAGGGAUCAGACUUUAGAUCGACCUCCCCCUCAUGUAGUGGUGGAUGGCCCCCCAAAAAGUGGUGUUUCGACUUCCCUGGCGUAUUACAGUUCCAUGCUGGUCUCGUCGGCGGCGAGUCGGUAUGCCACAUUUCUGAUAUUGCCGCUGAACUUUGAGCUUCUAUUUGACGGAUCGUUGGGCAUUUCAUCUUACAGUGCAAAUCGUCAUUUGAGGGGGAGUAAAAGUGCAAAUUAUAAUGAUGCAAGAACUCAGUCACUACUUUUGGACGUUCCGUUCUUCUAUAUGACAGUAGUUCGUGCUCUCAUAGACUCUGUUGUUGCUCAACGCCCUAGUGUGCGUAACUGUUCCACGGCACUUGUGGAAAUGUGGGAACAACUUAUCAAAACAACCGCAGGCAGCGGGGUUCGUUUGAACACAUGCGAGGUCGCGCACGCCGUUGGGCACUCUGCGCUUUAUAGAUGGGAGACAUUUGCCGCCCCUGCUUCCCAGAUACUGAGGGCUGCCAAAUUGAACCCACGCGACAUGAAACUACGUGAUGCCGUGUUGGAAUUAGUGCUAGUGGAGCUCGUAGCGCAGGUCGCUUCAGCACUUCACUUUUCCGGUGUUGUGUAUGUGGUUGACGGACUGCGGCCGCUUGCACGUUCGUUGUGCGACCGAUUGAGGCGACCGGGUGGAGAUGCAGCUGUUUUCCUGGACCGAGUUGCACAACGGUCAUGGGUUCAUCUUGCCGUUGGUGUUGAUUCCCUUUCGACCCAGGUGUUAGAAUCCGCUCUGCUUACUCGGGUGCGCCGCGUCAAACUUCUCCGUAUGCUUUCCGUGGAAUAUGUAACGAAGAUGUACGGGUUCCCCAAGGCUAUACACUGUGGCAGCAAUAAGUAUCCACUUGAGAUGUUUCUUGGAACACCUGGUUACCUGCGAAUGGUGCACGACCUUCUGCGCUCGUGUGAAGGUCGUAAGGCUCACAAGGGAGAUUCGGACGGUUACGCUGUUCGGAUUGAAGAUUUGGAUGUCUCUAACGCCCUGCUGGAAUUUGAAGCGGUGCGAAAGUUGGGACAGGAUACGCAAAAAGAAAUGUGGUCAUUGUCGUGA